AAAUAUAAUUUUAAAAAAAUAAUAAAUAGAAUUUUCAACGGUAUUAUUAUUAUGAGGCAAUAGAUGUGCGUACAAACCAGAAAAUUGCGAUUUUUGUUUAUUUUUGGUUUUUCGACACACUUCAAUUAAAUUAAUUUUAAUAUCGAUAAAUACGGUGUAUUUAAUUAAAAAUAAACAUUUACUGUGGGUUGCUGUCUUAAUAAAUAUAAAUGCAAAUUAAUAGUCCAUUGUAAUCCUUAUCGACUUUUCUUGCCUUCGGUCUAAAACUUGUAUUUUACAGUUAUCUACACUUAUCCUUUCGCACCAAGCUGCUGAGGAUGAAAAUAUGUUUAACAAUUUACUAGUCAUAAUUUUUGGAUUUAUUUUGACAACAAAUCUAAUACAUAUAUCAUCGUCUGAUUCUCCAGAAAAUAAAAAUGAUUUUUAUAAAAUAUAUGGAAGUGGGCCGCGGAAUGCUCCUAUCAAAAAUCUCUUCGAAUGUCCACAACACUGUAACCAAGAAAACGAAAAUAAUAUAUUUAUCAACUUUCUGCCGAACUCUAUAAAUACUGUUGUUAUUGUUGUGGAUAACAACAGGUCUGUUUCAGACAAAUCAUGUGAAUGUGGCUGUUGUACAAAACCAGAACCUCAAAUCAAUAUAUAUGCUAAUGAAACAACGGAUUCGGCAAUCACCGUGCUCCACUGCACAAUAGUAGAAACUUUGGAACUAUAUUUAAAUACCACAAUACCUGAAGAAUGUUUACCAACUACUUCAACAACGCCUCCUAUCUGUACGACUUCAAGUACCACCACCAGUAAAACAACUGUACCUUCUACUACAAGUACCCUAACAAGUGAAAGUAGUGCAACAAAUACAAGUGAAGUAACUGUUACAGAAACACAAACAAUGAGUUUUAGCUCUAUCUACAGUAUGGAAACUGAAAUAUCUACAUUUACGUACCAUACAACCACACCAAUCAGCUCUGAAAAACCAACUGAAUUUAGUUCAACGGAAAGUGAAAUUUCAACAGAACCUAGUCCAACCACCAUAGAAACAUAUCCAACUAUAUCAACAAAAACCACUCAACCAUCCUCCACCGAAGAAACGAUAUCCACAGAACCAAUAACUAAUAUGCCAGUUACAAAAACAACCCAGACUUAUCCCACCCAAAGCACUAUAACUUCCAGUACUGAGAAAUCUACAGAACACACAGGUUCAACGCAGUAUUCGACCACGUUCAGUACAAGUGAAAUCACAACUGAAAAAACUCCAACGACAAUUACAACAAGUACCAAUCCUUUUGAUUAUCGAACCAGUAAAGGGCCAAGUACUAAUGAAACCGCAUUACCCACAGGUUCAACGCAGUAUUCGACCACAUCAAGCACAUAUACAGUCACAACUGAAGAAACUCCAACAACAAUUACACGUACCCAGACUCAUUUUACUGGAAGCACUACAACUUCCAGUACUGAGGAAACAACAUCAACGUCAUCAAGUACGAGUAAAGUCACUACUGAAGAAACUCCAACGACAGAACACACAGCUACAACUGAGUCUCCAACUACAUCAUUUACAAGUGAAGUAACAACUGGAGAAACUCCAACAACAGUUACAACAAGUACCCAGACUCAUUCUACUGGAAAGACUACAACUUCCAGCACUGAAGGAACUACAGAACAAACAGCAACAUCGCAAUCUCCAACAUCAUUUCCAAGUGAAGUCACAACUGGAGAAACUUUAACGACAUCAUUUACAAGUGAAGUAACAACCGGAAAAACUCCAACCACAGUUACAAAAAGUACACAGACCCAUCCUACUGGAAUUACUACAUCUUCCAGUACCGAGGAAACUACAGAACACACAGUUACAACGGAGUCUCCAACGAUAUCGUUUUCAAGUGAAAUUACAACUGGAGAAACUCCAACGACAGUUACAAACAGUACACCGACUCAUCCCACUGGAAGUACUACAUCUUUCAGUACUGAGGAAACUACAGAAUACACAACUAAAACUGAGUCUCCAACGACAUCAUUUUCAAGUGAAGUAACAACUGGAGAAACUCCAACGACAGUUAAAACAAGCACCCAGACUCAUUCUACUAGAAGUACUACAACUUCUAGCACUGAGGGAACUACAAAACACACAGCUACAACGCAAUCUCCAACAUCAUUUACAAGUGAAGUAACAACCGUUAAAACUCCAACCACAGUUACAAAAAGUACACAGACUCAUCCCACUGGAAGCACUACAUCUUCCAGUACUGAGGAAACUACAGAACACACAACUACAACUGAGUCUCCAACGACAUCAUUUACAAGUGAAGUAACAACUGGAGAAACUCCAACGACAGUUACAACAAGCACCCAGACUCAUUCUACUAGAAGUACUACAACUUCCAGCACUGAGGGAACUACAGAACACACAGCUACAACGCAAUCUCCAACAUCAUUUACAAGUGAAGUCACAACUGGAGAAACUCCAACGACAUCAGUUACAAGUGAAGUAACAACCGGAAAAACUCCAACCACAGUUACAAAAAGUACACAGACCCAUCCUACUGGAAUUACUACAUCUUCCAGUACCGAGGAAACUACAGAACACACAGUUACAACGGAGUCUCCAACGAUAUCGUUUUCAAGUGAAAUUACAACUGGAGAAACUCCAACGACAGUUACAAAAAGUACACAGACUCAUUCUACUGGAAGUACUACAUCUUCCAGUACUGAGGAAACUACAAAACACACAGUUACAACUGAGUCUCCAACGACAUCAUUUACUAGUGAAGUAACAACUGGAGGAACUUCAACGACAGUUACAAGAAGUACACAGACUCAUCCUACUGGAAGAACUACAACAUCUAGUUCUGAAGAAACCACAUUACCCACUGGUUCAACGCAGUCUUCAACGACAUCAGGUACGAGUAAAGUUACAACUGAAGAAACUCCAACGACAGCUACCAAAAGUACCCAAACUCAUUCUACUGGAAGCACUACAACUUUCAGUACUGAGAAAACUACAGAACACACAUCUACAUCGCAAUCUCCAACAUCAUUUACAAGUGAAGUCACAACUGGAGAAACUCCAACGACAUCAUUUACAAGUGAAGUAACAACCGAAAAAACUCCAACCACAGUUACAAAAAGUACACAGACUCAUCCUACUGGAAGUACUACAUCUUCCAGUACUGAGGAAACUACAAAACACACAGUUACAACUGAGUCUCCAACGACAUCAUUUACUAGUGAAGUAACAACUGGAGGAACUUCAACGACAGUUACAAAAAGUACACAGACUCAUCCUACUGGAAGAACUACAACUUCUAGUUCUGAAGAAACCACAUUACCCACUGGUUCAACGCAGUCUUCAACGACAUCAGGUACGAGUAAAGUUACAACUGAAGAAACUCCAACGACAGCUACCAAAAGUACCCAAACUCAUUCUACUGGAAGCACUACAACUUUCAGUACUGAGAAAACUACAGAACACACAUCUACAUCGCAAUCUCCAACAUCAUUUACAAGUGAAGUCACAACUGGAGAAACUCCAACGACAUCAUUUACAAGUGAAGUAACAACCGAAAAAACUCCAACCACAGUUACAAAAAGUACACAGACUCAUUCUACUGGAAGUACUACAUCUUCCAGUACUGAGGAAACUACAAAACACACAGUUACAACUGAGUCUCCAACGACAUCAUUUACUAGUGAAGUAACAACUGGAGGAACUUCAACGACAGUUACAAAAAGUACACAGACUCAUCCUACUGGAAGAACUACAACUUCUAGUUCUGAAGAAACCACAUUACCCACUGGUUCAACGCAGUCUUCAACGACAUCAGGUACGAGUAAAGUUACAACUGAAGAAACUCCAACGACAGCUACCAAAAGUACCCAAACUCAUUCUACUGGAAGCACUACAACUUUCAGUACUGAGAAAACUACAGAACACACAUCUACAUCGCAAUCUCCAACAUCAUUUACAAGUGAAGUCACAACUGGAGAAACUCCAACGACAUCAUUUACAAGUGAAGUAACAACCGAAAAAACUCCAACCACAGUUACAAAAAGUACACAGACCCAUCCUACUGGAAUUACUACAUCUUCAAGUACCGAGGAAACUACAGAACACACAGUUACAACGGAGUCUCCAACAAUAUCGUUUUCAAGUGAAAUUACAACUGGAGAAACUCCAACGACAGUUACAGAAAGUACACAGAGUCAUCCUACUGGAAGUACCACAACUUCCAGUACUGAGAAAACUACAGAACACACAGCUUCAACUGAGUCUCCAACGACAUCAUUUACAAGUGAAGUAACAACUGGAGAAACUCCAACGACAGUUACAAUAAGCACCCAGACUCAUUCUACUGCAAAGUCUACAACUUCCAGCACUGAGGGAACUACAGAACAAACAGCAACAACGCAAUCACCAACACCAUUUACAAGUGAAGUCACAACUGGAGAAACUAUAACGACAGUUACAAAAAGUACACAGAGUCAUCCUACUGGAAGUACCACAACUUCCAGUACUGAGAAAACUACAGAACACACACCUACAACUGAGUCUCCAACGACAUCAUUUACAAGUGAAGUCACAACUAGAGAAACUCCAACGACAUCAUUUACAAGUGAAGUAACAACCGGAAAAACUCCAACCACAGUUACAAAAAGUACACAGACUCAUCCCACUGGAAGUACUACAUCUUCCAGUACUGAGGAAACUACAGAACACACAACUACAACUGAGUCUCCAAUGACAUCAUUUACAAGUGAAGUAACAACUGGAGAAACUCCAACGACAGUUACAACAAGCACCCAGACUCAUUCUACUAGAAGUACUACAACUUCUAGCACUGAGAGAACUACAGAACACACAGCUACAACGCAAUCUCCAACAUCAUUUACAAGUGAAGUAACAACCGGAAAAACUCCAACCACAGUUACAAAAAGUACACAGACUCAUCCUACUGGAAGUACUACAUCUUCCAGUACUGAGGAAACUACAAAACACACAGUUACAACUGAGUCUCCAACGACAUCAUUUACUAGUGAAGUAACAACUGGAGGAACUUCAACGACAGUUACAAAAAGUACACAGACUCAUCCUACUGGAAGAACUACAACUUCUAGUUCUGAAGAAACCACAUUACCCACUGACUCAACGCAGUCUUCAACGACAUCAGGUACGAGUAAAGUUACAACUGAAGAAACUCCAACGACAGCUACCAAAAGUACCCAAACUCAUUCUACUGGAAGCACUACAACUUUCAGUACUGAGAAAACUACAGAACACACAUCUACAUCGCAGUCACCAACAUCAUUUACAAGUAAAGUCACAACUGGAGAAACUCCAACGACAGUUACAACAAGCACCCAGACUCAUUCUACUAGAAGUACUACCGCUUCUAGCACUGAGGGAACUACGGAACAAACAGCCACAACGCAAUCUCCAACAUCAUUUACAAGUGAAGUAACAACCGGAAAAACUCCAACCACAGUUACAAAAAGUACACAGACUCAUCCUACUGGAAGUACUACAUCUUCCAGUACUGAGGAAACUACAGAACACACAGUUACAACGGAGUCUCCAACGAUAUCGUUUUCAAGUGAAAUGACAACUGCAGAAACUCCAACGACAGUUACAAUAAGCACCCAGACUCAUUCUACCAGAAGUACUACAACUUCCAGCACUGAGGGAACUACAGAACAGACAGCUACAACGCAAUCUCCAACAUCAUUUACAAGUGAAGUCACAACUGGAGAAACUCCAACGACAUCAUUUACAAGUGAAGUAACAACUGUUAAAACUCCAACCACCGUUACAAAAAGUACACAGACUCAUCCUACUGGAAGUACUACAUCUUCCAGUACUGAGGAAACUACAAAACACACAGUUACAACUGAGUCUCCAACGACAUCAUUUACUAGUGAAGUAACAACUGGAGAAACUCCAACGACAUCAUUUACAAGUGAAGUAACAACCGGAAAAACUCCAACCACAGUUACAAAAAGUACACAGACCCAUCCUACUGGAAUUACUACAUCUUCCAGUACUGAGGAAACUACAGAACACACAGUUACAACAGAGUCUCCAACGACAUCAUUUACUAGUGAAAUUACAACUGGAGAAACUCCAACGACAGUUACAAAAAGUACACAGAGUCAUCCUACUGGAAGUACUACAACUUCUAGCACUGAGGGAACUACAGAACACACAUUUACAACGCAAUCUCCAACAUCAUUUACAAGUGAAGUAACAACCGGAAAAACUCCAACCACAGUUACAAAAAGUACACAGACUCAUCCUACUGGAAGUACUACAUCUUCCAGUACUGAGGAAACUACAAAACACACAGUUACAACUGAGUCUCCAACGACAUCAUUGACUAGUGAAGUAACAACUGGAGGAACUUCAACGACAGUUACAAAAAGUACACAGACUCAUCCUACUGGAAGAACUACAACAUCUAGUUCUGAAGAAACCACAUUACCCACUGGUUCAACGCAGUCUUCAACGACAUCAGGUACGAGUAAAGCUACAACUGAAGAAACUCCAACGACAGCUACCAAAAGUACCCAAACUCAUUCUACUGGAAGCACUACAACUUUCAGUACUGAGAAAACUACAGAACACACAUCUACAUCGCAAUCUCCAACAUCAUUUACAAGUGAAGUCACAACUGGAGAAACUCCAACGACAUCAUUUACAAGUGAAGUAUCAACCGAAAAAACUCCAACCACAGUUACAAAAAGUACACAGACUCAUUCUACUGGAAGUACUACAUCUUCCAGUACUGAGGAAACUACAAAACACACAGUUACAACUGAGUCUCCAACGACAUCAUUUACUAGUGAAUUAACAACUGGAGGAACUUCAACGACAGUUACAAAAAGUACACAGACUCAUCCUACUGGAAGAACUACAACUUCUAGUUCUGAAGAAACCACAUUACCCACUGGUUCAACGCAGUCUUCAACGACAUCAGGUACGAGUAAAGUUACAACUGAAGAAACUCCAACGACAGCUACCAAAAGUACCCAAACUCAUUCUACUGGAAGCACUACAACUUUCAGUACUGAGAAAACUACAGAACACACAUCUACAUCGCAAUCUCCAACAUCAUUUACAAGUGAAGUCACAACUGGAGAAACUCCAACGACAUCAUUUACAAGUGAAGUAACAACCGAAAAAACUCCAACCACAGUUACAAAAAGUACACAGACUCAUUCUACUGGAAGUACUACAUCUUCCAGUACUGAGGAAACUACAAAACACACAGUUACAACUGAGUCUCCAACGACAUCAUUUACUAGUGAAGUAACAACUGGAGGAACUUCAACGACAGUUACAAAAAGUACACAGACUCAUCCUACUGGAAGAACUACAACUUCUAGUUCUGAAGAAACCACAUUACCCACUGGUUCAACGCAGUCUUCAACGACAUCAGGUACGAGUAAAGUUACAACUGAAGAAACUCCAACGACAGCUACCAAAAGUACCCAAACUCAUUCUACUGGAAGCACUACAACUUUCAGUACUGAGAAAACUACAGAACACACAUCUACAUCGCAAUCUCCAACAUCAUUUACAAGUGAAGUCACAACUGGAGAAACUCCAACGACAUCAUUUACAAGUGAAGUAACAACCGAAAAAACUCCAACCACAGUUACAAAAAGUACACAGACUCAUUCUACUGGAAGUACUACAUCUUCCAGUACUGAGGAAACUACAAAACACACAGUUACAACUGAGUCUCCAACGACAUCAUUUACUAGUGAAUUAACAACUGGAGGAACUUCAACGACAGUUACAAAAAGUACACAGACUCAUCCUACUGGAAGAACUACAACUUCUAGUUCUGAAGAAACCACAUUACCCACUGGUUCAACGCAGUCUUCAACGACAUCAGGUACGAGUAAAGUUACAACUGAAGAAACUCCAACGACAGCUACCAAAAGUACCCAAACUCAUUCUACUGGAAGCACUACAACUUUCAGUACUGAGAAAACUACAGAACACACAUCUACAUCGCAAUCUCCAACAUCAUUUACAAGUGAAGUCACAACUGGAGAAACUCCAACGACAUCAUUUACAAGUGAAGUAACAACCGAAAAAACUCCAACCACAGUUACAAAAAGUACACAGACCCAUCCUACUGGAAUUACUACAUCUUCAAGUACCGAGGAAACUACAGAACACACAGUUACAACGGAGUCUCCAACAAUAUCGUUUUCAAGUGAAAUUACAACUGGAGAAACUCCAACGACAGUUACAAAAAGUACACAGACUCAUCCUACUGAAAGUACUACAACUACAACUACAACUUCCAGUACUGAGGAAACUACACAACACACAGCUACAACGCAAUCUCCAACAUCAUUUACAAGUGAAAUAACAACUGGAAAAACUCCAACGACAGUUACAACAAGCACCCAGACUCAUUCUAGUGGAAGCACUACAUCUUCCAGUACAGAACCAACAAUGCUACCCACUGAAGUAACUACUCAUAGGCUCGUUAAUAUUUCUACAGCAAUAAUUACUUGUACAUCAUUAAGCGUACAGGGUGUCUUGAGGAGUCUCCUGUUGGUUGAUACUGAACAUCCUGAAAACCAGAUAUCGUUUGAUGAUUGUAUUAAGGGAACCCAAAAUGGAAAUCAAACUUAUAUUCUUCCAAUAACUCAAGAAUUCAAUGUAGCAAAUAUUACUGACAAAGAAAAGGAUUAUGUUGAAGCAUUUUUUGAAGAGAAGAAUAAUAUAUACAAUUUGUUGUUUGCUGAUACCGAAAGUUUACUUGAAAAUAAUAUUUAAGUACUUAACAUUAAAAUUUAAGUUAACACGUUUGUAUACAGCUUAGUUAUAUAUCGAAAUAAAUUUAUUAAUAUUCC